AUGGCUGCGUUGGACCUGAUAGACCACUCUCCUCAUCAUCCGGAUCCCUCACCAGCUGUCCCUACAGCCUCCAACCUCAUUCUCAUCGACAAUUAUGACUCCUUCACAUACAAUGUCUACCAGUAUCUAGUACUAGAGGGGGCGACCGUCACAGUAUUCCGCAACGACCAGAUCACCCUCGAUGAGCUGAUUGCCAGGAAGCCCACGCAGUUGGUUGUCAGUCCUGGCCCAGGACAUCCACAGACGGAUUCUGGCCUUAGUCGAGAUGCAAUCCGCCAUUUUGCAGGCAAGAUCCCGAUUUUCGGGGUUUGUAUGGGGCAGCAAUGCAUUCUCGAUGUCUACGGUGGUGAUGUCAGCCAAACAGGCGAAAUCCUACAUGGCAAGACAUCACCAUUGUGCCAUGACUCCAAGGGAGUCUACUCCGGUCUAUCGCAGGGUCUGCCUGUCACCCGAUAUCAUUCCCUCGCCGGCACCCACGUGUCAUUACCGCCUUGUCUGGAAGUGACCUCCUGGAUUGCAAAGGAAGACGAUGGUACGCAGGGCGUCAUCAUGGGCGUCCGCCACAAGGAGUUCACAAUUGAGGGAGUUCAGUUCCACCCUGAGAGCAUUCUUUCAGCCGAUGGUAGAGCCAUGUUCAAGAAUUUCCUGCUCACCCAAGGAGGUACAUGGGCCGAGAGUCAGCGACUGCAGAAAAACAGGACAAUAGUUGAGACACAGUCUACCUCGACCGCCCCAAAGAAGAACAACAUUCUCCAGCAAAUCUAUGCACAUCGGAGAAUUGCGGUCGCCGCCCAGAGGGAGAUUCCGUCGCAAAGGCUAGCAGACCUGCAAGCUGCCUAUGAUCUCAACUGCGCCCCGCCACUUGUCCCAUUUGUCGAACGUCUACGCAGGUCUCCUUUUGAUGUCUCCCUCAUGGCUGAGAUCAAGAGAGCGUCUCCUUCAAAGGGUGUCUUUGCUCUCGACAUUGUCGCCCCUACGCAGGCCAGGAAGUACGCGCUCGCGGGAGCGAGCGUCAUCUCAGUUUUGACCGAGCCUGAGUGGUUCAAGGGCAGUAUCGAAGACCUGCGAGCAGUCCGGCAGGUCCUGAACGCGAUGCCGAACCGGCCGGCCAUCCUUCGGAAGGAAUUUGUCUUCGAUGAAUAUCAGAUCCUUGAAGCACGUCUUGCAGGCGCCGACACCAUUCUUCUCAUUGUCAAGAUGCUCGACACGGAGUUGCUCGAGCGCCUGUACAAGUACUCUUUGUCCCUUGGUAUGGAGCCUCUUGUCGAAGUUCAAAAUGCCGAGGAGAUGACCACAGCCGUGAAGCUCGGCGCUAAGGCCAUUGGCGUGAACAACCGCAACCUUGAGACUUUCGAGGUCGACCUGGGAACUACGAGGAGCUUGCGAAGCAUGGUUCCACAGGAAACUAUCAUCUGCGCCCUUAGUGGUAUCAACUCCCACAAGGACGUCCAGGACUGCAAGAGUGACGGUGUCAAUGCCGUUCUUGUCGGAGAGGCGAUUAUGCGGGCUCCCGAUGCGUCCAUAUUCAUCCAUGAACUCUGCUCGGGCGCAACAGCACCUCCAGCGAAAGCUAAUGCUCUACCACUUCUUGUGAAAAUCUGCGGAACGCGUAGCGCUGAAGCCGCAGUUGAAGCCGUGAAAGCAGGCGCCGACUUGGUGGGCAUGAUACUGGUGCCUGGUACAAAGCGCUGCGUCUCUCAUGAGACGGCCCUGGCUAUCUCGCAAGCAGUUCAUGAGAAUCGCACAAGAAAUUCCAAUGCAGCACCUACCGAUCGCUCUAACAUGGCUGUGGAUUGCUUCUCCGUCGCGAGGCGCACAUUGACGGGCAGAGGCCCGCUUGUUGUUGGUGUCUUCAUGAAUCAGUCUUUGGAAGAGGUGCUCGAGAAGCAGAAGCUGUACGACCUUGACGUCGUUCAGCUACACGGGAAGGAACCUGUCGAGUGGGCUCAUCUCAUUCCUGUGCCAGUCAUUCACAAAUUUAGCCCAGGCGAGCCCGGUCUGGGGUCCCGUGGCUAUCAUGUCCUUCCCCUGCUGGACUCUGGGUCGGGGUCGGGACAACUGCUCAACCAUGCUACCGUCCGCGCAGAACUUCUCAAGGACGAUGGUCUGACGUUCCUGUUCGCCGGCGGACUCAACCCUGACAACGUUGCGGAGGCCGUGGGUGCAGUCGGCCCUCUCUCCUCAAGAAUAGUCGGUGUCGAUGUGAGCAGCGGUGUAGAAGUGGACGGGAAACAGGAUUUGGACUUAAUUCGGGCUUUCGUCAAGGCAGCCAAGGCGAUCAAGUAAAGAUUCCGCACAUUGUCAUAAUAACUUGCUCGCAAUGUGGAUAUUUCUAGAAUUAGAGAGAGGAUAUCAAUAUGCUUUGCAACUCCCG